GACUGCCUGGGAAGGCUGGAGGAUCUGUGUGUGAGAGACACGCUUUCUGAUGCAAGAGAAGGCGGAAGCAGCGGAGGCUGCCGGGAGCCAGUAACCCCUUCCCCCCCGGUUGACACCGCGGCCGCCUGGCUGCUGAGUAUCCUCUAUAACCCCGCCCCCUUGCCGUAAGACGUCACCCCCAGCGCGCCCAGGGCUGUGCCAGGCAGCAGGAUGGCGGCCCCGCGUCAGAGCGAGCGCGACGGUGUAUCCGAUCUGAGGAGAGAGCGGCAGCGCAAGGCCGGGAAGAUGGCUCCGUCUCCCAGCAAACGUAAAGAACGGUCUGAAGACAAAGCUAAGGACCGGGCCAAGGAAAAGGCACCAGGCAAAGAGGUGGUGGAAAAAGACCGUGGCCGGGACAAGACCAGGAAGAGGCGUAGCGCCUCUAGUGGCAGCAGUAGCAGCAGCUCCUCUUCCAGCUCAUCUUCGGGUUCCAGCUCCGGGUCAAGUUCAGGCUCCAGCUCUUCAUCUGCUUCAAGCCGGUCAGGAAGUUCCAGCUCAUCCAGAAGUUCAAGCUCCAGCAGCUCCUCUGGUUCCCCGAGCCCAUCCCGCCGGCGGCAUGACAACAGGAGGCGCUCUCGCUCCAAAUCCAAACAGCCGAAACGUGAUGAAAAGGAGCGAAAGAGGCGGAGUCCGAGCCCGAGACCCACCAAGCUGCAUAUUGGGAGGCUGACGAGGAACGUCACCAAGGACCACAUUGUAGAGAUCUUUUCUACCUAUGGGAAGAUUAAGAUGGUCGACCUUCCCAUAGACCGUUUACAUCCACACCUCAACAAGGGCUACGCCUACGUGGAAUUUGAGGCAGCAGACGAGGCAGAUAAGGCCUUAAAACACAUGGAUGGAGGACAGAUUGAUGGACAAGAGAUCACAGCGUCUGCGGUGCUAACCCCACGGCCCGUGCGGAUAAUGCCUCGAAGAUUCAGCCCUCCUCGUCGGAUGUUACCCCCUCCCCCUAUGUGGCGUCGCUCUCCCCCGCGGAUGAGGAGGAGGUCCCGCUCCCCUCGUCGCCGCUCCCCUGUCCGUCGCCGCUCGCGAUCCCCUGCACGCCGCCGUCACCGCAGCCGCUCCAGCUCCAAUUCAUCGCGGUGAAAGGUUAUCUCCCCCCCCCCCUUUGUCGCAACCACCCCUUCCCACCAGACCGCAACAACAAGAUGCCGACCACGUUCAUUUGACAGUGCAGCCGCAUCAAGGACUGUUUCACAGGACCACACAACCAUUUAAAAAAAAAAACUGCUGUCCUGUCAGAGUCUCAAAGGCAGUAUGAAGUGUACAGGGAUAAAGGACUUUUGUGUAGAAAAAGUUGAAGCUCAAUAACACCGUGAAAAUAUACAUUUGUUGACCAAUUAAUUCAAGGUUGGCAAGUUAACAGCCUUGACCUCCUGCUGGUGGUCCUACCAAGGCCUUAGAGAAGUCAGUCCAAGAAUGCCCUCUGAAUUUAUUAAAUUAGUUUGUCUUCAGAGCUUACAGGACGGAGAUUUAAGUUAUGUGUAAAAGGAAGACGACGUGAACGCAUAAUGCGAGACUGUAUAUACCGGGCUUAACCAAUGGCAAUGGCUGGAGUACCCCAAGCUAGCCCCGGAUUAAUAUAGACCAUUAACAGCCAGACCAAGUUUAUAAUAGGCACCAUUCUCAAAGGGAUCACGUUUACCACCGGUAUAUAAUACUGCAUAUUUCAAAGUAUUAUUUAAACAAAUGCACAGUAGGGUAACUGGUCCUGAAGAAGCAGCGUUAUGAGGUUUACACUGCAGUUGCUGUAAGCUAUAUAUGUGCUGCCAUUAUUGCAUAGCUGUGGUGUCAUCACAUUGGCUUUCACUCUGUACAUUAUAACGGAAUAGUAACAUUAUAAGGAACAGUGACUUUCAUUACAAAACAUACGGGGUUAUGUACAACUAGCAGGAAGAUAUCAGGGUAUUUGAAGUCUCUUUGGUGUUCCAUGACUGUAAAUGCGCUGCGCCACAGAACUCUGGUGUGACUUGUGAUAGUACUAGUAGUAUGCAGCAAAAUAUUAUUUACGGUAGAAAGUUAUUAAAUAGAAUGUGACCCGAUAUGUGUGUUGGGUUGAGGUUGCUACUAAUCCAAUAAGAGCCGGGACUGUUCCUUUGUGCGCCCAAGAGAUAGGCGUGUCCCAGUGCUGUUGCGCUCAGUGGGUUAGGGGAUCGGUAGUAACUGCUGCCAAUGUACGGUAAAAGCCUGUUGGGAUGUAUAAUUGGACAUGUGCUAUAAAGUCGCAAUGCGCCAAUGUAUCCCAACCUAUGCCAAUGGAUUGCAAAAUGGAAAUGACUUGAUCCCACUCGGGCAGCUUUUUCCUCUGAUGUUUACUUUGUGUUAUGGAGACGUCCUUUGGCUACUGAGCCAUCUGCAAUAGAUAAAGAUGAAUCUUAGUCCUGAAUUUCUGUAGCAUUUAAAACCUCAUAACAUUGCUUCUUCAACACCUGCAGUAGUGGAACUGGCGAGCAAUUUUUUCUGUGUCAGGGGUGUCUUUCUAGCGUAAUGGUAGAGUGAAUGGGGACCGCUGUCCUGCCGGCACCGUGGUGAUUCUGCUUUUACAGAGCUACCCAGUGUUUUUGCUGGGGAUGCCUUUCAUUGCGAUGUCCUUUAAUAUUGCUCCGGCAGACCUGAUCGUCGUACUACAAGUCUGAGGUUCCCUGGUCAGAACACUGCGGGACCGGACACUUAAUGACCAUGGAAGGUGAAUGAAGAAUUGCAGACACCAGUGUGGUUGGCAGGUGCUGGAGCCCCCCAGGGUUAUCUGAUACUAAGAGAUCCAAGUGGCCCAAACCAUUGUUUUUAAAUAAUUUGACAUUAAAUGUAAGUGCUGGUCAGUCCUCCUGUGAGAAGCCAAACGCAGGUGCCAGUACUGUGGCGGCGUCCCAGGGAAGUGACCCCCACUUAAGUACUGUUGCUAGUAUGGAACUAUUCAGUGAAAUUGGUGUGUAAUAUGGGAAAACCCUCUGAGGUUCUUUUUAUACCCCUCGCAGCUUCUUGGCUGCCUGAGUACUGCAGAGCUUUCACGGAGCACAGCUUACUGGCAGCGAGUGGGUUAAUAUUCUUAGUUGCAUUAAGUUCUGACCUUCCUAUGGAUAUGAAAAGCUGAAGGUGUAACUUGUACAGUUGAUAUUUUACAUUGGAUGUUUUAUUUUUUAUUUUGUAGUGUUUAAGGUUUUUUAAUGUCUGUUCCAUAUAUGUCAACUGCAAGCUGGAAUAAACGGACAAGAUUUAUGGUGUGA